CGCCCGGGCGGCACACCACCCAACAGUUUGGUUUGGUAUUCUCCCUUGAUUCCACUACCAAGAUGUUCGCUCGCCUCUCCACCGUCUCCCGCGGCGUUGCCGCCGUCCCCCGCCGCAUGGCCUCCACUACCUCCACCGUCGCCUCCCUCGAGUCCCGCUGGGCCUCCAUGACCCUGGCUCAGCGCGAGGCCGCCUCCGCCGAGCUCCUCAAGCUCCAGACCGCCGACUGGACCAAGCUCUCCAUGGGCCAGAAGCGCGACCUCUACUUCCUGGCCUUCGGCUCUGAGCCCAAGCCCACCAAGGACGGCAUGAAGGUCUUCCUUGGCACUUUUGCCCUGAUCGGCGCCUCCGUCGCCACCUUCUACGGCACCAUGGCCUUCGGCAAGGAGCGCAACAAGACCCCCACUCGUACCCCCGAGUGGCAGGAGGCCAGCAACCAGUAUGCCAAGGCCAACAACAUGAGCGUGCACACUGGUAUCUCCAGCCCCGGCUACCAGGGCAAGGGCUUCGUCGAGUAAGUUGGCCUAUCCCGCUCGCGCGCGCGAUGCCCCUCUCUCCGCGCCGCGCCCGCCCCGCGGCCUAGACCCCGCACCACCUCCCCCCUCUAGUAUAGGGAGCCUUGGGAGGGGGGCCUCCUCUCUCUCUCUCUCUGCCUCUCUCUGCCUCUGGCGCGUGUCGCCCCCCCCCCCUCCCCGGCGGCUGUGCACCAGCACGCACGGCAGCGAGGCGACGCGAUGUGUGCGGGGGUCCCCCGGCAGCAGCGCGCGCGCGUAUACACAUGCUGCUUUCCCCCUCCCCAGUGGCGACUCCCCUCUCUCUUUACACACACACACACAUCCGUGCGCAUCCCUGCGCGGCGGCCCCCUCCUUCCCCCCCCCCCCUGGUGUCUGCUCUUUUCCCCGGGCCAAUAUUAUCCUCCUGCCUUUUCUGUGCAUCGUGUCUCGUGCGUGCGUGCGCGCGCCCCCGCGCCCCCGCGCCGCGAGACGCGCGCCUCCAAGUGCCGGGGGAGAUCCGGGCCAAAAAGAGGGAGAACAACGGCUCUUCAAACACGACAAGCACAUCCCGUCUCCUCCCGCCUUCUGGGAUGUGGCGCGCGCGCGUCCCCCCCCCCCCCC